CUUUUUCUUUCCUUUUCACUUUGCUCUUUUACUUCACUGCGAGAGGCGCACACACACUCGAGCAAAGAGGAGAUACUUUACAGUGACAAAGGGGGGGCAAAAAUCAAGAACCCAUUUUUACCAGCUUUCACAAAAUCCCUAGAGAAACAGGAUUAUUGUUCAAAGAGAGGGGCAAAUUGAAAAAAAAAACGUUACGGAAAAUGAUGAAUAACGGGGUCAAUAACCGUAAUUUGACUACUCCGUCACCGGCUGAAGUUGCCGAACAUCUCAAAGAUAUUUGCCCCGAAUUUGGCGAUCUUAAUGUCGAAGAAGUUCUUCUAAUGCAGGAAAGUGCGUUUCUAUAUAUUGAGAACAAUAAACGGAACAGGGGUGUGGGCCCCCCCGCCUAUGGUCAUCAGAGUGGCAAUAGUAGUUUUGUUUCGAGAAAUGAGGAUGAGUCAUCGAGUAGAGCAAGUCACGAAAAUCAAUUGGCUCUCGAUGAAGCCUUUGCAAGAGCAUUGGAGUUGGGGGAAGACUUCAAUAAUUUAUACGUUCACGAGAAUGGUGUCAGAACAGUUGAUAACAGAGAAUCGACUUCGAGAGAUACGCCUAUUAGGGCUGAAAGUCGAAACAUAAGACAAGACGAAUUUGAUCCUGACACGAUGACUUACGAGGAAUUGCAAUCACUUGGAGAAUCUGUCGGUAGCGAGAGCAGAGGACUUUCAGCAGAUCUCAUCUCGCGUUUACCGACAUUCAAAUACAAAAUCGGUAUCUUCUCAAAGAAAAAGAAGAAAGAAAAAGUAGAGUGUGUGAUAUGCUGUGCCGAAUACAAGAACGGAGCCAAGUUGACAACUUUGCCCUGUGCACACCAGUAUCAUUCACAGUGCAUCACUCCUUGGUUGCAGCAAAACAAGCAAUGCCCGAUUUGUCAGAAGGAGGUGCAAGACGAGUAGUUUAUAUCUGCUAAAAAAACAACAUCCAUCUCUUCGAUAGAUGCCCAUCUGAUUUUCCGUGGCAUUAUUAUGAUAAUUAAAAUGACGAAAUCAACCCAGUUUUCAGGUUGAAACAACUUCUGUAAAGGCAAAAUUUUUCUUUAUUAUCUGCUAAUGUAUAUGUAUAGAGAUGGUUUCUUGACUUUGUAAUAGUGGGGUUCGUUUUCUUCAUGAAGUCUCGUGGCGAAUUUUGUAUUAGAAAAUUUGGUCUUUGUCAUGUCGUAUACUAUGAAGAUGCAUCGACUAUGUACGACUUAUAUUUCCAGAUGUUACGAAGCU